CGGUCGGCCAGCACGCUGGGACUUCUCGCUCCGCUCCUGCAUCUGCAGCUUCCUUCCCGGCGAGAUGAUUGGGGUCCUGCUCCUGCUCUUCCUUCUCCCCCUUCUGCUGUACAUCGCUGCACCCCAAAUCAGGAAAAUGCUGUCCACUGGGGUGUGUACAUCAACCAUCCAGCUUCCCGGGAAGGUAGCUGUGGUCACUGGAGCCAACACGGGCAUUGGGAAGGAGACAGCCAAAGAGCUGGCUCAAAGAGGAGCCCGUGUAUAUUUAGCUUGCCGGGAUGUGCAAAAGGGCGAACUGGUGGCCAGAGAGAUCCAGACCGUGACAGGGAACCAACAGGUGUUGGUGAGGAAACUGGAUUUGGCUGAUACUAAAUCUAUUCGAGCCUUUGCUAAGGACUUCUUAGCAGAGGAAAAGCAUCUCCACAUUUUGGUCAACAAUGCGGGAGUGAUGAUGUGUCCCUACUCCAAGACAGCGGACGGCUUUGAGAUGCACAUGGGAGUCAACCACUUGGGUCACUUCCUCCUGACCCAUCUGCUAAUAGAGAAGCUGAAGGAAUCUGCCCCAUCAAGGGUAGUGAAUGUGUCUUCCUUAGCACAUCACCUGGGAAGGAUCCAUUUCCAUAACCUGCAGGGUGAGAAAUUCUACAGUGCAGGUCUGGCCUAUUGUCACAGCAAAUUAGCCAACAUUCUCUUCACUCGGGAGCUGGCCCGGAGGCUAAAAGGCUCUGGCGUUACGACAUAUUCUGUACACCCCGGCACAGUCGACUCUGAAUUGGUUCGGCACUCAUCUGUCAUGAGAUGGAUAUGGUGGCUUUUCUCCUUUUUCAUCAAGACUCCUCAGCAGGGAGCCCAGACCAGCCUAUACUGUGCAUUAACAGAAGGUCUUGAGAUUCUAAGUGGGAAUCAUUUCAGUGAGUGCAAUGUGGCAUGGGUCUCUGCCAAGGCUCGUAAUGAGACAAUAGCAAGGCGGCUAUGGGACGUCAGCUGUGACCUGCUGGGCAUCACUAGGGAUUGACAGGUGGUGGCAGUUGGACCCAAGAGCAGCAUGCAGCAGACUACUCAGUACUCCCUGCCAGAAUGUUUCUCCUUCAGGAUGGCCAAAACCUUGAGCACAAAGAGAGAAAACCUUCCAGCCUUUCCUGCUUGAUGUCUGAUGAAAGUCCAGGGUACACUGCCAGAUUCAUCUAAACACCUUGCAUUUGUCCAGGUUUACUUUGCUACUGUUACUACCAGAGUUACUAAAGAUAUCAUAGGGUAAGUACACCCUCAUAUGACCUGAAAGCUCAUAUUCUCCUUCUGAAAUCUACUACCUAGGAGAACUUAAGCUAUGGCAGGGCUGCUUUAUGGCAAAUUGAACUAGUUUCUACCCUCCCUGUUCACAAUGUAGUUCUUCCCAACCAACCAACCUUCACUUCAAGAGAGCCACACUGCAGCCUCAGCUGAACUCCAGGAGUCACAGUGGCUUGGCCCAAGAGCAGGGCUUGCCCCUCACCUCUUAAGAAAACCAUCAUGAUGCCAACAUCUAGAUUCUUUCAGGAAACUCUUAACUGAAUCUGGAUUGUGACAUGGCUUUAUCUCUGUCCACCUAGAACCAGUGCUGUUAAGACACUUUCCCAUGCCUAGACCACAGAAGAGCUACCUUUUCUAAGAAGUUUGUGGGGUUUUGGGGGAAGGCAGAAAUAAAAAUCUAUUUAAAUUGUCAUUUUCCUGCUGUUCCUCAGGCCAGCAAGGGGCUAAUGAAAGGAGCAGUAUGGGAAGCUGGGCCACCUACUUCAGUUACUGACCCCAGACCCGUGGAGGCCUCCUCCUUCAUGCUUUAGCUUCUCUUAGAAAACCAGAAGAAAGGAAAGGCUAUCUGGUGAUUGUCACUGCGUAUAUCUUUCUGUAUUUAUGCAGUUGGGAGUAUUUUCACAAAAUUCAAAACAGCCACCAGGGAACAGUAUUAAACUGGACCCUAGUGCAGGUAAAUGAUAGCGAUGGAGCAAACCAGUGUCAUCUAGACUUGGAUACAAAUGGAUAGAGCUGCAAAGGGAAGCAGACUCUGUGCAUGCUGGUAACUAACCCACCAAGAAGCACAUGGGUAGCAGGGAAGAAGUUCAAGAAAGAGAAGAAUCCUGGAAGAUAAUGCAUGCAUUGAAGGGCUUAGUUAAGGAUUAAAAAGAGAAACCCCAGCUACAGAUGGUAAUAUCCAGCUAUAGAAGAACUGAGGAUGAGCACUUGAGUUAGUAAGACUGACAAGGUACUAUCUUAACAAGCACCAGUCAGCCAAUGUGGCAGAGAAUAACCCCAAACAAACAAAAAUAAAAC